GCAGCUGAAUGCCAGAGUGCUGGCUAUCCAGGGACCCUCAUCCCAUACAAGUGUGAUCUCUCCAACGAAGAGGAGAUCCUGUCCAUGUUCUCUGCCAUCAAGACCCUUCAUCAAGGAGUUGAUGUCUGCAUCAACAACGCGGGGCUGGCUCGCCCGGAGCCCCUGCUCUCGGGGAAAACGGAGGGCUGGCGGACGAUGAUAGAUGUCAACGUGAUGGCUGUGAGCAUCUGUACCCGAGAGGCCUACCAGUCCAUGAAAGAGAGGAACAUCGAUGAUGGGCAUAUUAUUAACAUUAACAGCAUGAAUGGCCACAGCGUUGUGCCACAGUCAGUGGUGCAUUUUUACAGUGCCACCAAGUACGCAGUGACGGCUCUCACGGAGGGGCUGAGGCAAGAACUCAGAGAAGCAAAGACCCAUAUACGAGCUACAUGUAUAUCUCCAGGACUGGUGGAAACGGGAUUUGCUUUUAAACUUCAUGAUAAUGACCCUGAGAGAGCUGCUGCAACAUAUGAGAGCAUUCGGUGUCUCAAAGCUGAAGAUAUGGCAAAUGCUGUCAUAUAUGUCCUCAGUGCCCCACCUCAUGUACAGAUUGCAGAUAUACAGAUGAGGCCCACGGAGCAGAUAUCAUAGCAAAUGAAGAGGACUGUGAGCAGCACCGUGUAUCCACUCCACUUCGAACCCUCUGGCAAUGUAGGGUUUCGUCAGCUGGCUAGCAACGUUUUAAUUGAGUACCAAGGAUCAUGUUUGAAGAAUUAUUUUCUCUCCCUCUCUCUGAGCUGGUGGUGGUGCUGAGCCAGUUUAAAAAAGUAGUAGUGGGUCUCUUUUGUCCCCCACUCCUUUCUGAAACUGCUUAAGAGUAAAAUGUAUUUGAAAAUAACGCAGGGAAGUGGUUUGUGGAAGAUUGUUGUCUCCAGGCUGGUUUAUGCUUCCUUUUGCUUUCUUUUCAAGGUUUGUUUGAUCUUAUUUACUGAUGGUGUGUCUGGACAUAGGUGAAGUGGCACAAGAUGUUUACCAGCUUCAGUGUGCUUAGGGUUUGAGAUUUUCAGUGGAUGUCAUACAUGAAUCCAUCUAAUUUUGGGGUUUAUUUUUAUCAGAUUGAUUACUGAUGGUAAUGAUGCAUGUGAUAUUUUCUACUUCUUUCGUACUCCACAGCCCUAAACCCAGUGUACAAUCUCACCCACCUCCCCAAACCCUCCUUUCCAUUCACAUGAAUCACACCUGCCAAGUUUGAGGAAGUAUAAAUGUGUGUGUUUGCUGUUUUUCUUUCUUUCUAGGUAGGUAGGUAAAUAGUUGGAGGGAAAGUACCUGUACUUCUGCAGGUUAGAAUGAUCAUCUAAGUGGCAUAGUUACAGUAAGAGUGAGUUGUUUGGUAUUUUUAAUAAAAUCUAAAUGUGUGCUGUCUUGUGAUCACCUCUAUCCUUGGUAUCAUCUCCCAGCACUCUUGAUGUUUUUGUAUGUGAUAUUUGCAUGCAUUGACACUUUUCUGGAAAUAUUGAUCGGUCUUAGAAAGAUGUAUGGUGUGUUUAAAUGCUGGUGUUGAUGAGCUGGAAAUGUUGAAAGUUUGUUUAUAUGCAGAAAUACAAACUCAGAGAGAGAGAGAGAGUGAAAUGAACCAUGCUGAAGCUGUCCAAAAUGUCAAGAAGGGGAAUUUGCUUAUGAAGCAGCAGGUGAAAGGUCUGGCUCAGAUCUUGUACAAGUUCUACGCUGGUGCAGCCGCAUUGUUUUGUUCUGGAUUUAUUCUAACAUCAGGGAGAAGAGAAUCAGCCUCAAAGCUGAUGCAUGUGGAGCUGGAGUCCACUUGAGUUGUCUUAAGACUCUUGCAGCGUGGCAAAAGCACGUCUGUGCAUAGUCCAACUUGCUGCAGAGCUCUGGAGCUGUUAACGUGUAUGUUGCCUUACGAUUGCAG